UUCUUGUGAUGGGUGAUUAUUAGUGACUUUAUAACAGGAGAUCGGGAUAAUCGAUCAAAUUCUAACCGUAACAUCGGCUACGGUCGCUUCAAAAGUAGCCUAGUGUUUCAGUCCGUUAACAGGGAGGUCAGUGACUCCCCCCCGUUCUACCAAUAAGGCUUCAUGUGGGUGCAUUUUUAGGAUCAAGUGACCCCCUAGAACCCCCAACGUCUCUCUCUCUCUCUCUCUCUCUCUCUCUCUCUCUCUCUCUUUCUGAAGCAGGCAAACCUGACGCAACGCUCCUUCCACUUCUUCAAUGCAUCCAAGCCUGUACUUUUUUUUUUUAUAUUUAUUCGUUCAUUUUUGUCCUACAAAAAGUGUUGCAACAGUUAACUAUACGUACCGAGGGAACCCUGGCGCUUAUGCAGUGCAGAGCAUACCUGAAAUUUAGUUCAUUCUUUGUAGUAUCCCCCCAACGCAAAAUACUCUAAAACAUAUCGGUGUGUACGAGACAAUUUGGAAAAGCUGAACGACAUUCGUGCGUGAAGACUGGAACGAUUUCGUGAAGAACAUAAUCCCCGGCAUUCCAACAACAUUUCGCUACGACUCGACAUCCCAGCAACACUCGAUUCAGCGGAGUACAACGACAUCUGGGCCAUUCGCUUCUGGAAUCAUUAAGUAACCACAAGAAAAGGAAGAAGAAGAAGAAGAAGAAAGAAUAGCGAAUAGCGGACCCUCUUCUUAUCACUCGCUUCAUUAAGUUACUCGGCUUUGACGAAUCACGAACAUAGAAAAAAAAAAAAAAAGCAGUAUCUGACUGUUUCCUUAUCAGCCACUUCAUCCAAAACGAAGCAGGAAGUCGAGGCAAGCUCGGUCUUCGCUAACUUCAAAUGAAAAUAAUGAUAUUUUCUCCCGAUUACGUCGAACGCCUGCCCAGUUAGACGAGACCGGUCGAGAGGAAAUUCCGCCAAUAAAUAUUGUUCGAGGGAGACCAAAGUCUGACAACAGAAACUAUGCUCAGAAUCCUGCUGUUAUCAGUGAUCUUGCUGAGCGGCGCAUCGGGCUUCGUCCUCCAAAACAUAUGCAACCAGUACGUCGACGACAUCUCCCUGAAGGUCAUCUCGAGCGUCGAUCGCAACUCGAAGCUCAUCCAAGCCAGGGGCAGCGAAGUCUCCUCUCUCAUCGGAAGGCUCAUCGAAAAUGCCACGUCGAUCAGACAGAACAUCGUAGACACCUUCACAUGCGAAGGGCGAGUUUAUGGGUAUUAUGCAGACCAGGAUAAUGAGUGCCAAAUAUUCCACAUCUGUUUACCGAUGCAGCAGCUGUUUCCUGACAUGUAUUGUGCAGAGGACAUCUUCCAUUUUUCAUUCAUCUGUCCACAAUAUACAAUAUUCAAUCAGGAAGCUAUGGUAUGCGACUGGGCAAACAGCGCUUUCCCGUGUUCAGAAGCCGACCAGCUGUAUGGCAGAAAUAACCUGUUGUUUGUUGUGCCUGAAGAAGACAUACAGAGAGAGACAUCUGUAACUUCCACCAGUUCGCCAUCCGUCUCAAGGCCCUCUUUGUGUUGUUCAAAUAGAAAAACAGCAACCGUGUCUCAGUCUGGCAGCUUUCCUCAGCGUUGGAGAUCUGAGGAUAUUAUUACUACUACGCAAAACCCGUCUCCAACAACCACUCCUCUUCCUGAGGAUGAGAAGAAACUCCAAGAGACACGGGAUGCCUCCUCGACUACGUUACCUACAAAGGAAGAGGAUGAAGCUGAACUCGAGACAGUCCUGUCAGAGAGUGAUUCAAGGGCUAGAUUAGACCACUUGGAGCUUUUUGAAAAAGAUUUUGCAUCAGCAUCAGUAAGAGAUUCAGUACUGCCUGGGCAUCUUUCUGACGCAUCAGCUCCCGAGCCAUCUUACAGCCCAGAGUUUUCUGCAGGUGAUGAAGAGCCACAUGCUUCAUUUUCAGACAACGCCAACAUUUUGACAUCGUUGCCAAGUGAUGUCAAGGUUGAUGAUCUUACUGAGGAACCACAGACGCCACUCCCAAGUGACCUAAAUGAUACUCAAGAAUCACAGACAGCAUUGCCAGGUGCUGUCAAAACUGCUGAAGAAUCACAGACAACAUUCCCAAGUGCUGUCGGUAGUGUUCAAGAUUCCCAAACAGCAUUCCCAAGCGACCUCAAGAGUGUUGAAGAAUCACAGACAACUUACCCAGGUCCUGUCACAAUUGCCGAAGAAUCACAGACAACCUCUCCACAUGACCAGAAGGGCACUGAGGAAUCACAGAAAUCAGUAUCAAGUAAUUUCGACUCUACAGGUUAUGAAGCUGAAGACUCAACUGAUGCAUAUCAUCCCAUAUUUACUGAAUAUGAAGGAUCACCUUCAAUUCACUCAACCUCAGAUUCAACUUCAGUUUUGGACGAGGUCAAUUUGGAAGCAAAUAUUGUGACCGAGAACCUCCGGGACACUGUGCCCCAAUCUCAGGUCCCCUCUUCGUCCAAAUCUCUAACAACUCCCCAGGAGUCACAGAAGCAGGAAGCUGCAUCUGAGAAAAUGGCGGGUGAUAGGCCUACUAGAAAGGAGCCCUCUGCUCGCCGCGCUCAGCAGCCUGUUAUAAUCUACAACAAAGGGGAUAGGAAUUUCUAUGGGUUCAGUGGAUGGCUCAUGAGACACGGCGGAGAUCUAGGAAACAGUCGUUCUGGGCACCUCAAUUCAUAUUAAUGAGAGAAAUUUGCAUUUGAAAAAUUAAGUUCACAUAUAACGGAACUCUUUUGACCAAGCAAUAAUUUUAGCUUGUGUUAACGGACACUUGAAUUUGAACGUUUUACUUUAUUAAUAGAUACUCCAAUCACUUCAAGUACUAAUUGACAUCAAAAUUUGCAAAGUUCAUUCCCUCUCACCAGACCUUUCCAUAGAAAAGUUCUCCCCUUAUAUCUAUGGAUACUUACAUUUGCAAACUUCAUCUCUGUGUAAGAAACCAACCCCUAAUCCGGUACCUAAUCUGCUUUUAGUGUCUGGUUUUAGGUUUAAAGGGCAUUACUGUGUUUUUAAUGUUAAGUUUUGACUAAUUCUUGAUAAUGCUUAUUACCAAAUGAAUUUGGGCAUUAUUAGCAUUACAGUAGAUUUAAAAGUUGUAUUGAUCACGAAUAUUUAGGUGCUAGCGAACUC